AUGCGUGCGACAUCCUCAGAAACCAUAGAGAAAUGCAUUAUUGACAUCAAGUUGGUGGAUAAGCCAUCCAGAAGAGAGAGCAAGAUGGCGCUAAUGAAAACCUUUAACAACCAAACGUGCCUUGUAUCUGUCAAUACUGUCGUCCGGGUGACGUUUGAUGCAAAAUGCCCUCUUGCAACCAAUGAGCACGCCAAAGAGGAUCCCGAGCGGCCUGAGAGACACAUGUUGGUUUUAGAGACGAAGGGAAAGGGAGGAGGUGGAGGCAGCAAUGGUGGAGAAGGUGAACUACUAGGAGAUGCUGGUGAGGGAUUAGGCAUGAGAGGACAAGGCUCAUUCGAGGGAGAACAAGAUGAUAGAGAUGAGGCACUAGCAAUCGGUGCAGCAUGA